AUGGAAUCGAUAAUCCCAACAGCAGAAGACCUCUUUCUGAUCGUCAAGGAAGCCAACAAGUCUUUUGAGAAAAAGGUUGUCUUUGACACCCAUGUUAUCAAAUACGGUUCGGAAUCCGAAUUCGAACCGAAUGAAGUCAGCACCCUCUGGUACACCAAGCCCGAAAUCACCGCCCUGCAAACACAAGUUCAUCAAGCUCGUUCUGCCAUUAUUCGAGGCGAAAUGACAGCACAAGACAUUGAAAAAGAGGGUGAUCUCCGAGGGCUGGAAGCCUAUGUCAGUGUUUCACGUUUGACUCACAAACGCAAGGUCAUUGCUCACGUGCUCGAGGCGCAAAAGACUAUCAAGGGAAACAAGCUUGCCAAAAUCUCUCAUGACAGCACUACUUGGCAUAAGAAGAUUGCCCUCAUUCAUGCUCUCCAAGAUUACUGUGAUGUUCACGAUCCAUCACUGUCGCAAGGAAUUCCGGAAAUGCCGGGUUCCCCACCUCCCAUGGCCAAGCUGCCUACUCUCAAGAGAAGACCUUCAUCCUCUUCAUUGUCUUCUUUGCACUCCAAGCGAGUCCGAAGACGUAGACUUUCUGCCGAGUGA